AUGUCAAAAAGAAAAAGCGUUUAUCGUGAACAGUUUCAACUGACUUUCCAGGGAUUAAAAAAAAAAACUGCUGCAGCAGAAGGAGCAUUUGCAUAUCAUGUCGCUUUUCACUCGUUAUCGUUUAAAGCUGCAGAUUGUACAAAUCGUUUAAUUUCAACUGUUUUCGCUGAAUCGGAAACUGGUCGGAAAUUUUCAUCUGCUCAAACAAAAACGCAGGCAAUCAUUUCAAGAAUAUUGGCUCCGAAAUCAAUUGAGAAUCUUUUAUCUGAAUUGGGCAGCGAGCCGUUUUCUAUUGCAACCGACUCGUCAAAUUUUAAAGAAAUCAAAACAUUCCCUAUCAUUAUUCGGUAUUUUUCGCAUGAAGGAUUGAAAUUAUGGGGUGGCUUAAAAUCACUAGUUCUAUCAACGGAUGACAUUCCAAAGGUUCUGGAAAAUUUAUUCUCUGAUGAUUCAAAUGAAAUCUACUUCUGGUUUCUACAGAGCUCAUUGCAGCUGUUUCGGCAAACUUUGCUGAUACUUGAAAAAAAAAGACUUGUGCUUCCUGAAAUGAUAGAAUCUGUCGAAAAUCUGUCACAAAAACUCACUGACAGGAUGCAGAAAAAUUUUGUUGGUGCCAUGACUCAAUCAAAGUUGCAAUCAUUAGAGGAUUCUAAUUUGGCUAAUCGCAUAGAAAAGGAGUUUUCAACAUUUUAUUCGACAUCUGUUGAUUACAUUCAGAAGUGGUUCAGAAUUACUGAUUAUCCGUCUUCUUCUAAGUGGUUAAUGCUGAAAUCUGUCGAUACAAUUUUGUAUGAGGAUAUUCGAAAAUCUGCAGAGUUUCUAAUGCCAGAAAUUUCUGUGAAAGAUUCUCUGUUUGAUGAAACGAGUCUUCUAAUUUCACUGUUGAAAGAUUCAAAAGAAAGUUUCCACGAAUUGCCCAUUGAUAUAAAAUGGACUAUUCUGUUUUAA